AUCAAGUCCACGGGCCUUUGACGGUCCAUGGGCCAAUCUCGACAUAUUUAUGAAUUAUGACCUGCACAAAAAAAAGGGGAGAAGCUCAAGCGUCCGUCCGACCUCCCCUGCACGCCGCACAAAGCGUCCACCAAUGCGGUUGCGGCGGCGCUACGCGGAGUUCCUCCGCCGCGCGGCCUCCCUGCCGUCGCUGCCCCUCGUGGCCUCCCUCCACGCCGCCUUGCUCCGCCGCGGGGUCCCGACCCUCCUCGCCGCGUCCCUCAUCGGCGGCUACUCAGCCUGCGGGGACCUGGCCUCCGCGCGCGCCGUGUUCGACGAAACGCCCCCGGAGGAGCGCACGCUCUCGGCCCGCACCGCGCUGGCCGGCGCGUUCUCGGCGCACGGGCGGUGCCGCGAGGCGCUGGGACUCUUCUCCGGCCUGGAGGCGGAGAUGGACGACAGGGCGGUGACGGUGCUCCUGGCGGCGUGCGCGCGGGCCGGGAUGGUGGGCGAGGGAAGGAAGGUGUUCGCGAGGCUGCCCCGCCCCGCGCUGCAGCACUACACGUGCAUGGUGGAGAUGCUGGGGCGGGCCGGGGAGGUGGAGGAGGCCGAGCUGCUGGUGGCGGGGAUGGAGGCGCGACCGGACAGGGUCAUCUUCGCGGCGCUCCUCGGGGCGUGCCGCGUGCACGGCCGCGUCGACGUCGCCGAACGGGUGCCUGGCCUCAUGCGCCGGUACAGCAUCGCAUGAGAACUCGAAGUCGGCAGUCUCAGUCCGAUUGAUGCAUCAGCAGUCCAGCUUGCGCCCGGAGAUGCAUCUGCUUGUCUUUCAUGCACUGGUGCGUUGAUUCUUGGUCUGAGAAGCUGAUAUGGGAUACAUGGCAAUGUGGUAGUGUUGCUGUUACAUCAUAUUCUGUCAUUCAAGCAGCAAGAGCCCCUGGCUGAUGAAAUCUGAAAAAUUCUUGAUGACAUUGACGAUGACUGUUAUGGGUGGAUUGUCAUGUACUUCAGUCUUCAGGCAUUGAUUGAACCAUAUGUCUGGAUGCGAGGAAGGCCUCUAGCAGAUACCUGGAAUGUUUGUGUGUAGAUUUUGUGCCAAAUUCUCAUCUCAGACUGUAAGCUGUCACAUGAACUUGACAACCAGCAGUCUAGCUCAGAGAGCAGUAAAUUGCCAAUUAUACCAUGUAACUUCUGGAACAUGGGUGAUAGGUUGAAGAGUUGAACUUCCAGUCAAAUUUUGUGCAAAAAAGGAUCAGAUGGAAAACUCCAUGGAAAUGGAACCAACAAGUUGCGUUGCUAUCACAUCUGGUGAGGCCGGUUAGAAGUUAAGGUCUAGAAGUUGCUGAGUUUCUGACAUUUUUUGUGGUGAGAGAUCUUUUUGCUAACAUUAUUGAAAAUGGAAUGGUCUAUUGUGCUUAUACGGCCAGAAUGUGGAGUUGGAGUCAUGCCUAAAGUAAGAAUCUCAACAUCCAGAUUUAUUGUGUACCAUACUCCCUGAGUUAUAAUAUGAAGAAUGUCAUCUGAUUGGAGCUCUUAUGAUAUGGCUGUGAGCCUAUGACAGAAUCCAAAGUUGGACCUAGGAAAUUUCAAAGAUUCUGAUACUGUUGCUGACUGAAGACUACUCAAGUCCAGGCUUCAAACCUCAACCACGUUUGCAGGGGAGACAGAUACUGCACAUAUGCUUGGAAUUACCAGUCGAAGCUCUGCAGCUCAGAGACCAGUAAAUCACCAAUUAUACCAUGCAAAUUCUGGAACGUUGGUAAUUGGUUGAAGAGUUGAACUUUCAGUCAAAUUUUGUGCAAAAAAGAUCAGAUUGAAAACUCUAUCGAACCAACAAGUUUGGUGUUGCUAUCACGUCUGAGAACUUGGUUUGAAGCCUGUUAGAAAUUAACAUGUUGGAAAUGGAAUGGUCUCUGCUGAAUGGAAUACUGACAGUACUUCGUAUCAUAUACUGGGUUUAUGCCUGGAGUAAGAAUCUCACCCUUGGUAUUAUAUGAAGACAGGCAUCAUGUUGGAGUUCUAAGGAUCUUUCAGAUAACUCACAUGUGGCUGUAGUAGACUCGCGGAAAGUUGGGCCAGGGACCCCGGGGUACCUCAGAGAUUCCGAUACUAUCCUCCUGAUGGAGGAUAAAUCAACUGGCCUGGAACAAAGUAGCAGGGGAGACUGAAGAAACGGAUAAACCCAUAAGCAUCAGCAUCUUCAUCCAUCUUUGCAUCCAAAGCGACUCAUGAAGCAAGAAUUUCAACCUCUUUCAUGUGCAACGGGGGAUAAAUCGACAAUUUCGCGGCUCGCGGAGCGACUUUUUCCUGUGCCAUACAUUUAUAUGCUGAGACACCAUCACUCACUACUUGGCACCGGAUUCGAAACCCGUGUCGCCUCGACGUCUGCUCGACAGCUUCCUGCCAAGAACACCACACAGCCGUUGCUUUCGGUCUUUUGCUAGUGCAGGAGCGCCAAGCGUGCAAGGUUCCAACUGUGCUGCCGUGCACAACUCGAAUUAGCGUUGCUUUCAGUCUUGGUUUUAUUCUAAACUUGGUGUACAGUCCAGAUAUGUAAUAUGUUCACUUCAGUCCUUUCUCUUGUUGGUGCUGAAAUGAGUAGAGUGUUUUUCUUCCUGAACUUGAAUUUCCAUGCCGAAAAGCCAUGCAAAGUUCUGACAGUUUUUUGUUGUAGAAGUCAGGAAAGAAAUUCAGGUUUGAACCA